AGUAUCAACCAUGAAAUGAUCUCAUCUUUCUACUUCCAUAAAAAGAGGCGUCUCUUGGCCAGCAAUCUCAGGAGUCAGGAAAAGGCUACAAAAAAUCAAAUCAUGUUUGUGACUUGUGAGUGGGAGAAGAAGAGACGAGCGGAGUUGGAGAAUUUGACAGCAGCAGCAGCAACACACAAUAACAAUCGGUUAUUUCUCCUCUCCAUCCAAGUAAAUUAUUCCACGAAUUCCUGUCGUCUGGGAAGACGAAUGGAGACCAACCUGAAGAACGGAGGUCUGGAGAUUGACGAACCAGAAGCUGUCGUCCUUCUGGGGAUGGGGACUGGCGAAUCUCACAAAGAUUUGAUGAGUUCAUCCACACCAGAUUUCAUUGACGAGUUGGAGGAAAUUAUUGGAUCGACGGACAAACUGUUUGUUAGAGAAUCGCAACCUGCUAUCCCAGAUGCUAUUUCAAGUUUUGAUGUGGCUUCGGUCUACGAAGUGUUGGAUGGGCGGGGUGAAAGAGCCUUUCUGCUGGGACAAUGUCGAGAGAAAGGGCCUGUUAUGAGCUUUGCAAUUGUUACAAAUACUGGUCAUGGUGUUCUUCAAUUCACUCGGAGAGGAAUUUUUAAUCAAAAUUGUGACAUUGAGGGAGCUGGGAUUUUGCGGUUCACCAGUGUCAAACAUCUUUAUGGAGGUUACACUUUACAAGACAAGUGGAAGAAACUGCUCCGGAUAAAAACUAGCUGGGUUCACUUUUGUACGUGUUGCCUCUUCUCACCUUCCAAGACUGCUACAUUAGAGUUCAUCAAUCUCGAUGGGUCGCCAUCAGGGACCAUAACAUACAAGAAAUGGAUCAAUCUUGGAUUUGAUGACAGAACAUUGUGCGUUCAUUUCAUUCCAAAUUUAGAUAGGAAAGCGAAAUACAUGAUGUUUGCGGCGAGCUUAAUCCCCUUUACGGCAUACCUCGUAGAACCUGGAAGAUCAAAAAGUAGCGUGUUGCUCGCCAUUUUUUACGCAUUUGUAUUGUUCGUCAUCAUUUCCAUCAUUGUGGGAGUCAUCCACACUUAAGUUUUUGUCAAAUGCAACGAUAACGACGUUGUUUUACAAAUCACUCGUUGUAAUAGUCGAAUUCAUUUACUCAAGUAGCAUAAGAACCUCCUAGAAGUCAGCAUCUAUUAUUAUUUUAAUUGUUGCGUAAAGUAUUUUAAACUUAUAACUACAAACACGAAAUUCUCAUUGUAUUAACCCAUCGUUGAAAGGUAGUAUUUCACGUAUACAAAUGGUCUGAUUUUUAUGUAACCAACCUAAUAGACUUGAUAAUGACUUAAGAUUUGAUUAAAAUAUUUUAUUGAGAUUGAAUCAAA